AUGGUUCCUCAACAAUCAGUAAUGACAUUUCCAAUUGAUAAUUUAUUGGAUAUUUCAUUUCCUGAAGAAUUAUUCCCCCAAAUGAAUUUAAGUCGUUCAAUAUUGGAAAUUCCAUUUGAUUUAGUUGAAAAUGAACUUCGAAGACCAAAUGAUCAUGAUACUUCAAAUAAUAUGUCAAUUGAUUCACAAGCACUUCAAGAUGAAAUUUUACAUAUUUUGCACGAAUAUUCAGAUGAUUCUGUUGGUUCGGUAUCAAAUUUAAUGGGAGAUUUUGAAAAUACAAAUAAUAUAAUUGCACAAAUGGAAAACAAUAAUGAAACCAUUUAUCCAAAGUCAUAUAUGAAUGGAUAUAUAAAAUUUGUAAUGGAAUCUACCAAUUCACUUUUGGAACCAAUAGAAGGUGCUGUUCAGUAUAACAGCAACAAUAAUAACAACAACAAUAAUAAUAAUAAUAAUAACCAACAUGAAAGAGAAUUAACUCAUGAAGAAGUUCUUGAGAUUUUUGAAGCAACUUGUAAAGAAAUUGAUGAAUGGAAAUCAUUGUCUGAUAUACCAAUACUUAAAGAACAACAAACAGAAUCAAUUACUGAAGAACAAAUUCAACAAGCACUACCAUCACAAGAACAGAAUAUUCUUUCCAAUAAUGUCUUGGAAACUAUUCCACAACUGCAAAGUCUUGAUCCAUAUUUCCAUUCUUCUAAAACUCAAAUACCAUAUUUAAUUAAUAAAAGAUCAUCAUCAGUGGAUUCAAAUAAAUCUGAAAAUCAACUGCAAUUAUCAUUAAGUUUACCCAUUAAUUCAGUGUCCAAUUUAAACUCAAACAAUAAUCUGUUAUCUAAAUCUAAUACAAAUACAAAUUCUACUUCAAACUCACCAGCUGAUGGUACUAAAUCACCACGGAAGAGAAAAUUAGAUAAUAGAACAUUUUAUAAAAAUUCUCAAUUGAAUUUUUCAUUAUUGGAUAUUGUAUCAAGACCAGAUUAUGAAUAUUCAUCUCAAUUAUCUAACCAAUCUUCAAAUAUUCCUAAUGCAUAUCAAUGUAUGAUUUUAAAUGAAAAAUUAAUUUCACCAAUUAAUUGUUCAAUAACAUGUCGUGUUCAAAGAACUUUAUAUAUUAGAGAUUGUUUAGAUGAAUUACCAAAGAAACAUUUUAAUGGAGAAUAUGAAAUUACACCAAAUCCGAAUUUUAAAAAAACUUCAUAUGAAGCACAAUAUAUUUUAACUAAAUUGGAUAAAUCUGGUAAACCAGAUAAUACAACAAGAGCAGGAUUAUGUCCUUAUUGUGAAAAGAUUGAAUUUUUUGGUUUAAAAAAUUCUUCAUAUGGUAAUCAUUUAGCUUAUAAACAUGGAAUUUUAACUAAUGGAAAUUCAGUACCCGAUCCAAAAUUUUAUGGUAGAUAUAAAUUUAAAAAAGGUGAAUAUGAUGAACCCGAAAAGAAGAAACGUAAAACAAAUGCUCAUAUUUUAGAAAGAGAAGGGGUGUUAUGUACUUGUUGUUGGCAAAUUCUUGAAGUUAAUUGUACUUCAAGAAGUUCUGUUUUAGGUCAUUAUCUUCGUCAUUAUAGGGAUUCUCAUGUUGGUAAUAAAAAGGAAAUUAAUAAAAAUGAAACUGAUGAUCCUUUAUCUACUUUUGAUCCCGUUGUUUUUGAAUUCAUAAACAAAUGGAGAUAG